CAACGAAAUAUGAUUUUUUCAAACAGCAUAUCUUGAUGACAUUGAGUUUCUAUAUUACAUGGUGCAGAAUAAGCUUAUUUUAACGUACAGCAAUAGUAUAUGCCUCAACUGAAACAACUAUCCUGUGGAAACAAGAAUGACCACGGUGUUUGCAAUGAAAUGAGUAUAUAGUGUGUUUUACAGUCGCCGCGACUAGAUUAGGCACAAGCGAUUUAUGCCUCGAAAUUUUGUAGUAUUUCUUGUUUCGGGUUUCAGCUCUUCGUCUUCUUUACAUGGUAUGACGAGUAUCGACAACGCCGCAGAUCCUGCACCCAUUAGCUACGUAGACUACACGUCCGAGCUACAGCUACCGUCAAUUAUCCAUCUCAUUGAAAACGAUCUUUCAGAGCCGUACUCCAUUUACACUUAUCGAUACUUUAUACACAACUGGCCGAAAUUAUGCUUCCUGGCAAUGGAUGGCGAUACUUGCGUUGGUGUCAUUAUCUGCAAACUUGAUUUACACAAGCAAAGCAACCGAGGUUAUAUUGCCAUGUUGGCAGUUGCCAAGGAAUACCGAAAACGAGCGAUCGGUACGACGUUGGUUCAAAAAGCGAUUCGCGCAAUGAAGGAACAAGAUGCUGACGAGAUUGUAUUGGAGACCGAAUAUACCAACCAAGGCGCACUGGCCUUGUAUCAACGGUUUGGUUUUAUCAAGGAUAAACGGCUGCAUCGAUACUAUUUGAACGGAGUAGAUGCGUUUCGACUCAAAUUGUUCUGCAAAACCAUGGUCAAAGAUUAAAAGAAAACCAAUGGAAAAGUGUAUAUUAUAAAGAAAAUACUAAUACUUGAAGUGAAAAAAAGUAUAAUAAUAAACGAAACAUGUGUUA